CUCCAUCUCUCUUCCUCUCUCUUCACCUCUCUUUCCGUCUCUUCCUCUCUCUUCCACUCUUUUCCUCUAUCUUCUUCUGUCUUCCUCUGGCUUCCUCUCUACCUCUCUCUUAAUCACUCUUCCUCUAUCUUUCUCUGUCUCCACCUCUCUUUCUAUUUCUUUCUCUUACUUCAAAUAUUUUCCUCUUUCUCCUUCUCUCUUCCUCUCUCUACCUCUCUCUUUCUCUAUCUUCCUUUUUUGUUCUCUCUCUUCACCUCUCUUCUUCUCUCUUUCUCUCUCUUCAAAUCUUUUUACUCUUUCUCCUUCUCCCUUCCUCUGUCUUCUUCUCUCUUCACGUCUCUUCCUAUCACUUCCAUUCUUGUCAGCAUUAUUCCUCAUUUUUCGACUCUCAUCCUCUCUGUUCCCCUCUCUCCCACUUUCUUGCUCUCCUUUCCACUCUGUUCACCUCUCUGUUCCACUCUCUUCCUCUCUCUUUCUAUAGCACGCAUGGCUCGAGUCCGCCCUGAGCGCUCUGAGCCUGAAUCGCCGUCGGUCUCGGUGCCUCUCACGCCCUCGCCACACCUGCCCGAAUGA